AAUCAUUUUGCAAGGAGCUCCGAGCCGGGCUGCUCCACUGUACUUUGUUGGCUGAGAAGUUGAGCAGGGGGUGGGGGUGGGAGGGUGGGGGUCUGGGGGGGGUCGCGUCCGAAAGCCCUCUGCACCGGGUCCGUGUGCCACCUUUUCCCUGCUUGGGCGCCGCGGCGCGAGCGCUUCCCUUCCCCCUGCGAGCGCGCGGAUAAUGUCUGAGAAUGUCCAUUUCUGGGACGCUUAGCAGCUAUUAUGUCGACUCGAUCAUAAGUCACGAGAGCGAGGACGCGCCUCCAGCCAAGUUUCCUUCGGGCCAGUACGCGAACCCGCGGCAGCCGGGCCACGCCGAGCACCUGGACUUCCCCUCGUGCAGCUUCCAGCCCAAAGCGCCGGUGUUCGGCGCCUCCUGGGCGCCGCUGAGCCCGCACGCCUCGGGGAGCCUGCCGUCUGUCUACCACCCCUACCUGCAGCCCCAGGGCGCGCCGGCGGCCGAAAGCAGGUACCUCCGCACCUGGCUAGAGCCGGCGCCGCGCGCCGAGGCCGCCCCGGGGCAGGGCCAGGCGGCCGUGAAGGCGGAGCCGCUGCUGGGCGCGCCGGGGGAGCUGCUCAAACAGGGCACGCCCGAGUACAGUUUGGAAACUUCGGCGGGCAGGGAGGCUGUCCUGUCUAAUCAAAGAGCUGGCUACGGGGACAAUAAAAUUUGCGAAGGAAGCGAGGACAAAGAGAGGCCGGAUCAAACCAACCCCUCUGCCAACUGGCUGCACGCCCGCUCUUCCCGGAAAAAGCGCUGUCCCUACACCAAAUACCAGACGCUGGAGCUAGAGAAGGAGUUUCUGUUCAAUAUGUACCUCACCAGGGACCGCAGGCAUGAAGUGGCCAGACUCCUCAAUCUGAGUGAGAGACAAGUCAAAAUCUGGUUUCAGAACCGGCGGAUGAAAAUGAAGAAGAUGAAUAAGGAGCAGGGCAAAGAGUAAAGAUGACCACCCCCCCUUCCCCAGCUCACUCUUAUUAUUUAUGUGAUGGUCAAAAAGCCACUGCUGUCUGGGUUGUACCCAAGUGAGUGGGGAAGAGUAUCUCCUCUUUAAAAUCCCUCAUCUGCACCUGGAGCCUGUCUCCUCUCCUUUGCGCCUCUCUCUCUCUCUCUCUCUCUCUCUCUCUCUCUCUCUCUCUCUCUCUCCACUCUCCUGGUGUUAAGAGGAAAUUUUAUUAAGUUAGAAGCUAGCUAUACUUGGUUCCUAGAAAAGUGAUGAGCCUCGCUCCGAGGAAAGAGACCCUAGUCGAGCUCCUAGCAUCCCUGCUAAUUUUUCUGGAAAACCCCAGCCCCUCUCUUCCAGUCUGCCUGUUCCCUCCCUGUAACCUAGCCAGACGCCACCCAGGUACAGUUUAACUGCACACAGCCCAGUGGAUGCCCACAGACAUAGAGUUUGGAGUCUAUGCUAAUCAUCGUGGAGAAAGGACAUCAAGACGUUGUUCAUCAAACCAAGCAGGGCAGCUCUCAGAUCAGGUUCAUUUUGGUUGUGCCCUGAUCCAAACACACACUAGGAAGAUGUCUAGAGAUGCCCUCAAUGAGGCACUGCAGUCCCAAAGUCUCAACAUCCCAAUAUGUAUCCUAUGGAAUUGCCAGCUAGACCCCAUAUCUGGGGAGGCCUGUGGGCAGAUGUGGCCAUUCCUGUCCCCAAGCUGUUGUGAGCUAGAAAGGGCAAGAAAAAGCAGGGAGUGGUUUUAUGAAGGUACCAUUAGUGGAGUCCCCUCGUAUUUUCCCUGCAGGAAGUGUUUAAUUCUGCAUGUUUUCCUUUCCUUCCAACUAAAGGAGGUCAAAUUGUGGGUUGUAGAGCCCUGACAGUGCUGUUUCCCCAUUCAUACAUUCCUAUCCCCAUUUGACAGAAUGUAACUUUUCUUGCUGACCACAGUCUCAGAUUCCUCUCUAUCCUCCAACUUUGAAAUCAACUCUCCUUUCCACCAAACCCAUCUUGCACCAGCAAGACAAGUCUCCCAUUGUAGGAAAAAAAAAAAAGUCCCUUUCCUCUCUGCUAGGUCAACCCCACCAUAGAGAAGGCUGGGUCAGAAGAGUCUGAAAAUUUAUUGUGAAUCAAUUCCCCAGCUCCCUUCCAGAGUAGGCAGUCAGGGCCGGGAGGAGCAAUGGCCUCAGCAAGCAGGGCUAGUGGGUAUCUUUCCAUUUCACCAGUUUCCUGACCCAGGAAGAAGAGAGCCCCUUGGCAUCCAGCCAGAGGUCCAAAAGAAGACUCAGAGUGGGGACUUCACCUCCUGCAAAGUCCACUGCUGUAUCCAUCCUGUUGCUGCUGCAUGCAUACGCUUCUGGCAAACAGUCCAGUGUGCACAGGAAAGAGGCAAACAUCGCACCUCCCCAUCGUGCAGAGGGGGGUCCUCUCUGCCUCUCUGCCUCUCUGCUCUCCCUGCUUCUCAAUCCCUUCCACCCGUGGACUUUUGUUCCCGCUUCUCCUGACUGCAAAGAGGUCAUUCCAGUAGAACUUUGAAUUUUAUUUUAUUAAUUUUUUUUUGCUUUUGUCGGUGGCUGUGGUGACAUUGUGCUUGUGUUUUGUGAUUUCUUUGGCAGUGAUUUUCAGUUGUUGCUUAUAAGGGAGGGUUGAGGGUGGGAGUGGGGAGGGCAAGGGGCCUAGAGCUCUAAUUGUUUGUUUUGGAAGAAAAAGGGGAAAAAAAGAACAAAAAAUAUACAUAUCACUCUAGAAAA